CGCAAGGCCCAAAUAGCGAGACAAAGCAGGAGCCCCUAAGGAAGGCCCGCACAAAAGGGCCAAGCAGUGAAGCUCCAGGAGAGAAGCGGAGAUGGAGCCCACCUUGGGGACUGGUCGCCGGGAAGAAAGCGGUUGGGCUCUGGCCUCUACCACCACGGAGACCCCUUAACAGAAUAUUUCUGUUCGUGCGUCCAAGCCAGCAGCACUCGCCAGCCCUCAUGUCGGCCACCUCGGGGCCCAGCCUGGCGCCCAGCAGGGACGUGGGCGAGAUCUACAACUGGUCGGAGCUGCUGCACUUCUUCAACCACACCCUGCCCGAGUGCCACGUGGAGCUCAACGAGAACACCAAGCGCGUCGCCCUCUUCGUGGUCUACCUGGCCAUCUUCGUGGUCGGGCUGGUGGAGAACCUCCUGGUGAUCUGCGCCAACUGGCGGGACUCGGCCGGCGCGGGGCUGCUGCGUCUCUACGUCCUGAACAUGGCCAUCGCCGACCUGGGCAUCGUGCUGUCCCUGCCGGUGUGGAUGCUGGAGGUCACGCUGGACUACACCUGGCUCUGGGGCAGCUUCUCCUGCCGCUUCGCCCACUACUUCUACUACGCCAACAUGUACGGCAGCGUCUUCUUCCUGGCGUGCCUGAGCGUGGACCGCUACCUCACCCUCGCCCGCGCCUCCGCCGCCCGGCAGCGCCGCCAGCACCGCGCGCGCCGCGCCGUGUGCGCCGCGGUCUGGGUCCUCUCGGCCCUCAUCCCGCUGCCCGAGGUGGCCCACAUCCGGCUGGUGGACAGCUUCGAGCCCAUGUGCCUCUUCAUGGCGCCGUUUGAAACGUACAGCGCGUGGGCCGUGGCGGUGGCCCUGUCCACCACCGUCCUGGGCUUCCUGCUGCCGCUGCCGCUCAUCGCCGUCUUCAACGUGCUGACGGCGCGCCGGCUGCGGCAGGCGGGGCAGCCCGAGGGCCGGCGCCACUGCGUGCUGCUCGGCGCCUACGUGGCCGUCUUCGUGGUCUGCUGGCUGCCGUACCACCUGACCCUGCUGCUGCUCACGCUGCACGGCGCGCACCUCUCCCUGCACUGCUACCUGGCGCACCUGCUCUACUUCUUCUACGACGUCAUCGACUGCUUCUCCAUGCUCCACUGCGUGCUCAACCCCAUCCUCUAUAACUUCCUCAGCCCCAGCUUCCGCGGCCGGCUGCUCAACGCCGUGGUCCACUACCUCCCCAAGGCCCAGGCCAGGGAGGGCAGACAGGCCUCCUCCUCCCCCUCCUCCUCCUCCACGCAGCACUCCAUCAUCAUCACCAAGGAGGGCAGCCCGCCCCCUGCAGCCCGCGCCCCCCACCACCCCAGCCUGAACUUCCAGGCGGCACCUACCCCACCCGCCUCCGUAGCCAGCUGAGGGGGAGUCCUGCGUCCUCCAGCAGCGAAGUAGAGAGCUGGAAGUGGGUGAGAGAUCUGGGGAGGGGGUGGGCGUGGGGCGGGGGGUGGGGGGCGGUGGGAGAGGGUCAGAGCACUCAUGGCCAAUAUUGAGUUUGUCUUCAAAUACUAAGAUGGGGAUGGGGAGGGAGGCAGGCAGGGGAAGACAGCAGACCCUUGGCGUUGUACUGUUUGAAACCAUCCUUGUGCCGACGGGAGAGGCGCAGGGGAAAAGGUGAAAUAAAGAAUAGAGACACGACUCUGAAUCUCUGAACAAGUCUGCACUGCAAGCUGGGAUUGGGAAUGGAGCUGAGGCCAAAGAGAUGCUCAGCAAAAACCACCCCGGCCGGAAAGAGUGAGCUCCACAGGAACCGCACACAACCUUCCUUUUGUGCUUGCGCUUGUUGACCUCCCAGCACAUCAUGCAGGCGGCAGGGACAAGAGGCCAGAGGCCAAGGAGGCAGGAGGCCUCAGCAGGCUGUUUCCCAGCAGUGCAUCCUCAAUGCGAUGAUAAAUGGAGCGGGUGGGGACCGCAGGGGCGGGUGAGGCCGAGGUCUGAGACAGGCACCCCGCAGCUGGGCCGCUGGGCGGACUCUCCUCCCCCACCAUUCAGGAAAGGGCUUGCUGACACGCUCCACUCUGGUCCCCUCCCCCCACAAGCAGAGGAGCUGUCCCGAAGUCCAUGCCCCUCUGCCCCCAGCUCUGGGUCUAGCACAUUUCCAGACUUCUGCCCCCAGUCCCUCCCGUUCUCUCUGGAUCCCAGGAAAGUAUCAAGGGACAACCCUUCUGGGAGCAGACUUCAGGAUGGGCAGCAGCAGGCACUCACGGGGGGCUCUGACCCUCAGUCCUGCCCCUGCAGGGGAUGGGAAGCGGAAAUCCUCCGGUUCUGUCACAGGGCAGAGGCCUGGAGUCUCCUAAAGCCAGUUUUCACCCUCAGCCUUCUUUCUUCCUGGCCAAGUCUCCUCAUAACCUUCCUGUCCAGAAACUUGUAUUCACACUUGUCCUAUAGACAGGAUCAGAAGUCCUCUUGGGAACGUGGAGGUCUUCUGGAAAGGGCUCUGUAUACCAGUUUGGGGAACCAG